AUGGCUCAAGCCAGCAUAACCCGCGCUGCGGCCGCAACAGCCUCCGCCGUUUACGGGAACAGCCCACCGUAUAUCGACGUCGACAACACGGACACACCCGUCCUCGUUCUCCGAGAUCAAUCAUCAAACAGCGUCGAUGUCGGGUUUCUGUCGAGCCUCACACUGCGUGCCGGAGCAGCAGCGUCCUCGCUGGCUUGUGGCAGCAUCCUCGCGGGACAGAACAGCGAAAGCGACGAGUACGGCGACGUUGCGUUCUGGCUCGGGCGAGGCGACUUUGGGACGGGGCACGAACCCGACAUAAUCGAUGCGUUAGGGCUAAAGACGCCAGAGUCGAAGGUUCGGCAUGUCGAUCUCUCCCCACACACGCACCUUCCGGGGUCGCUUUUGCCGCUCCACGCGAAGCCGACGCGAGAGGUCGCGAGCCUAACGGAGGCCUUAGAUCAGCUGCAAGGGCGGCACUGCCUCAUGAUCGAAGGGAUCGCGGCGGACAACUCGACGGUUCUGUACAUUCUCCUCGGCCAACUCGCUGCCCCGGAGGGUAGCUCGCCUGGACCAUGGAAUGUCUCUUUGCGCUGA